GAGCGGUGGUAUAUGUCGGCGUUGGAGAAGAACGCGACGACUGUGGCGGGACUUCGACAAACUUCUCGUAUUUUCGUUGUUGGCGACGGUGAUGACGACGUCGCGGUUGAGGCGUUUCUCCUGUUGCACGAAUCGUCCCGAAGAGCACAUGUGUUGCCCGCAGCAGCUGUCCAAGAACCAGCUCUCAUACCAUGUUGGGCUGAUAAAAGCCCUUAGGAUCUUUCCAGAGACUAAGUCCCAGUUGUAAAAUGAGACUUGAGUAGUGCAGCGGAAGUUGAGGCAGUUGAACCCUUGUACUAGUAUAUGAGAACAAGUGAUUGACUAAAGAAACAAGCAUGCA